AUGCCUCCUAAAAAGGCAGCAGCAGUAGCAGCAGCCUCAGCUGAUCCUUCCCCUGCUGAGGCCUCACCUGAACAGAAAGAAAAAACAAAAACAGAUGCUGCAAAGCUGCGUAAAAUUGCAGAUCAUCCCUCUGUGAGAAACAUGGUGAUGGAAGCACUUAAAGUGUUGGACUCACGAAAAGGAGUGUCAAACCAGGCGAUACAAAACUAUAUUAAACAGAAAUGGCUGAUGGAUCCAGUCAGGUUGAAGCAUUUUGUCCGCAAAGAGCUAACCAAAGGGCUGGAGAACGGCUCGUAUGUGAGGCCUCCCGGAUCCACAGUGACCACAGGCGUCAUGGGGAAAUUUAGACUUGCAUCAAAAAUCAAGAAAGCCAAGCCAAAAUCUGAGAAUGUGGAUCCCAAUGUACAAAAAGCCUCAAAAGUAGCCAAGGAUGGAGCCAAGAAGCUGAAAAAGACUGGGGACAACAAGAAAGAUGCUGCAAGCAAAGAGGACAAGUCAAAGGACCCAAAGCCUUCCAAAAAGGCAAAGAAAGCUGAGGAAGCCUCUUCUUCAAAGGUUGCCCCAGCAAAGAAGCCAAAAGCUAAAAAAGCUGUGCCUAAGGAAGGUGAGGGAGCAUCUAAUGCAGCCAAACCCAAGGCAAAGGCCACCAAGGUGACAAAGGAAAAGGCCGCUAAAGCUGACUGUGAUGCUCCUGCUUCUAAAGCACCUGGAAAACGAGGGAAGAAAACUGCAGAGUAA